AUCACAACAACAAGGAUGGCGGAUGAUGUAGUUGUUUUUUGUAAAGAAGAUUUGCCUUCGCUCGCAUUUUCUUCCAUUGCCGAUAUUAGAAGGCAAGGAAAGCUUUGUGAUGUGACAUUAAAGGUAGAAGAUCAAAGGUUCUCUGCACAUAGAAUUGUUCUGGCUGCCAGUAUUCCAUAUUUCAAUGCAAUGUUUACAAAUGAUAUGGUGGAAUCGAAGAAAGAUGAAAUAUGUAUGCAAGGAAUUGAACCAAGUGCUUUAGAAUCGCUUGUAAAUUUUGCGUAUGAUGGAAGACUACAGAUUGAAGCAAACAAUGUUCAGUCCUUACUUAUAGCUGCAAGUUUUCUUCAUCUACAAUGUGUUAAAGAAGCAUGUUGCAAUUUUCUUAAAGACAGGUUACAUCCACAGAAUUGUUUAGGUGUAAGAUCUUUUGCCGAUCAGUAUAUGUGUACGAAUCUUGUAGAGGCGGCUAAUAAAUAUUUGCAAAAUAAUUAUAAGCAAGUUUCAUUGACGGAAGAAUUUAUGAACUUAACUAAAACAGAAUUUUUAGACAUUGUAUCAAGAGAUGAACUUAACGUGAGCAAUGAAGAACAAGUAUUUGAAUCUGCUUUGGAUUGGGUAAAGAAAGAUUUAAAAGAAAGAAAAGAACAUUUCCCAGAAGUAUUAGUUAGGCUUAGAUUACCAUUAUUAACACCUCAAUAUUUAACUGAUAGAGUAGCUACUGAAGAACUUGUCAAAAGCUGUUUAAAAUGCAGGGAUUUAUUAGAUGAAGCUAGAGAUUACCAUCUAAUGCCAGAAAGACGUCCAUUACUGCAGACAUUUAAAACUAAACCACGAUGCUGUACUGAUGUACCUGGUAUGAUAUAUGCCGUAGGUGGCCUAACUUCAUCAGGAGAAUCAUUGAGUACCGUAGAAAGAUAUGAUCCUAUACUUGAUAGAUGGAAAAUAGCAGAAGCUAUGAGUACUAUGAGAAGUCGGGUUGGUGUAGCAGUAUUAGAUGGUAAACUAUAUGCAAUAGGUGGUAAUGAUGGUGCCGAAAGAUUGAAUACAGUAGAAGUUUUUGAACCAGAGAAAAAACAAUGGAGGAAGGUUGCUCCUAUGAAUUGUAAAAGAAGUGCUCAAGGCGCCGCUGCAUUAAAUGGUCAGUUAUAUGUAUGUGGUGGAUAUGAUGGGGUUUCAUCAUUAAAAUCUGUAGAAAUAUAUGAUCCUAAAACAGAUGUGUGGGCCAUGAUUACACAGAUGCAGAAAUUACGCAGUGCUGCUGGCCUGGCAGUUUUACACGGGGAAAUUUAUGCGUGUGGGGGUCAUGACGGAUUAUCUAUAUAUGACUCAGUUGAGCUUUAUAACACAGCUAAAGGAACGUGGCAGACAGUUGCACCUAUGCAAUCAAAAAGAUGUCGUCUUGGGGUAGCAGCAUUAAACGGUAAACUGUAUGCAGCUGGAGGGUAUGAUGGCUCAGUAUUUCUACGAACCGUAGAAUGUUACGACCCAGCAGAAAAUAAAUGGAAGUUUGUCACAUCCAUGAGUAGGAAGAGAAGUCGUGUUUCAUUGGUUGCUACAUAUGGUAGACUGUAUGCUAUUGGAGGAUAUGAUGGAAUAACUAAUUUGAAUUCUGUUGAGUAUUACGAUCCUAUAACCGAUACAUGGAAAUUUGCAAAAUUUAUGUCAGCCCAUGAAGGAGGAGUAGGAGUGGGUGUUAUACCCUUAGAAGAAUCAGGAUAAAGAAUAAAUGAAUAUGCAGAACAAACACAGGGAGACCAGUUGUUAUGUCACAGAAUGCGACAAUCUCUUACAAUUUUACAAAUGAGAAAGGAAUUUUGGUGAUUGCGAACAUCAGUUGCCAAUCGUUCUUUUUCAAGCUUAACACUAUAGCAUUAAGUUGAGCAUAAACACUAAAUAAAAAUGCUACAAUUUCUUACAAUUUUACAAAUGAGAAAGGAAUUUCAGUGAUUGCGAACAUGCUAUUCUCAGUUGCCAAUCAUACUUUUCAAGCCUAACACUAUAGCAUGAAGUUGAGCAUAAACACUCUAAAUAAAAUCAAUAGCAGGAUCUUUUUCAUCAAGAUUAAAUGUUUAGUGUUGCAAAAAUGUUCAUACUGGUAUCUACUUAAAGUAUACAAUCAGGAUCACAAAUUUAUGUAAUGUGUAAAUAUUUGCACUAUAAUAUUAAGAACGUUGUAAUUGUUGUUUUAAUAAUUAUUGAUAAAUAACUCAAGUAUAUAUUUAAUUGGUUUGUAAAUUAAAAUAGAUAAUUAUUAAUAAGUACUUGGUUCACCAUAUAAUUAAUUAUAACUAAUCCAUUGAUGUUAAAAUAUUGGUAUAUAUUUCACUUAGUGCCAAUCAAUUUGAGCCAAGAUGUCAAAAAAAGUUUGAGCUACUAGCUUGAUGGGAGGCACUCAUCAUCAAAGUUCAUAUCCCAGUGUUUAUCUUAGUACUGAUUUCAAAUUUGUAAAAUAUAUGCAUUAAAAUCCCAGCAAUUCGGAUAUCCAGCCAGAUUUCUCUUGCCACAGUGGCACUGGAUAACUAACUAGGCGUUCCCAGGUUGCACCCCGCUGUUGGUUGAGAAUGUUCCUCCAAAUUAGUUUCCUUAUGGUUUAAGCCCUCUUCAGUAGCCCUGUUGGUGCUAUAACCCAGGUCACCAGUAGAAUCCAAGGCUUAUUUUCAACCUUGGCAGAGCCAUACUUUAUUUAAAUAUUAAAUUUUGGUAUCAAGUUUAGAAGAAGAUUGAAAAGAAAUAUGUUAUAGAUAAUUGUUAAUCAGAAUAAAUUUAGUAAAACUAGAGUAAAAAUCUGAAUGUAAUAGUUUAAAAUCUGAAUAUAAUAGUUUAAAAUCUGAAUAUAAUAGUUUAAAAUCUGAAUAUAAUAGUUUAAAAUCUGAACAUAUUAACAUAAAUUCUGAAUAUGAACAAAUUUAAAAUCUGAAUAUCUAGGAAGUUGAGAAAUGAAUAUAAAGUUGUAGAUUUAUAUUGAAUUAAAAUCGGAAUAUAUAGUAAUUUAUAAUUGAAAUGUAUAUCAAGUUAAAAUAUGAAAUUAAAUUUGCUAAAGUAUUAUAUGAAAACUUGUUAAAAGUCCUAGUCAGUUGGGGGUUGUUUCUUUUUUGUCUCAUUUGUGAUAAAUAUGUUUAUUGUAAUAUUUGUGUUGUGAUAUAAGUUAUUAUUAAUAUCAAUCUCAUCAGCUAUUAUCAACUUCUUAAUGUGCUUUCUAAACAAAAUCUGCAAUAAUGUUUUUCAUUGAUAAUGCCACUAUGUUAGUUUAUGGUGUCAUUUUUUUACUUCUCAGACUUGUUAAUAGGAUAGUACUAAUAUCAUGGUUAUAUUUUUUGUUACAAAAAAAUGAAACUAGUAUUAAAUAAUAUGUUUAUAAGUUUAUGAAAAUUUUCUUUAUUAGUUUACAUUUUGUCUCUAUUUGAACAUUGGGAAUGGGGCCAAGACAAUUUUAACAUUCCCAAUUCAAACAAGAGUUGUAUAUAUUUAUUUUUUAACAUGGAGUUCAGCAUCAAAAGUGAAAUAAAACCCACAUGACAAUUUCUUUUGUUAUUGGAUUGAUCAUGUUAAAGUGUUGAAUGAAAAAAAUUUUCAGAACAUUUUUGAAUUGAAAAAUUUAAAAAAUGUUUUUCAAAACUUUUGAAUAUGAAAUUAUUUUUCAAAACUUUAUGAAUGAAAAAUUAUUUUACAAAACAUGAAUGAAAAUUUUUUUUACGAAACUUUUGGAAUGAAAAAUUAAUCUUCAAUACUUUUAUUGUAUCUUGAAAACUUUAUGAAAUAUUGUUUUAUGUUCUUAUAUAUUUUAUUUGUGUUAAAUAUUUUAAAAUGUUUAAAGAUUGUGGAAUAUUAACCUUAAAGAUACAUUAUGGAAGAUUCGAUAACGAGUUGGCAGUUCUCACUGUUAAAAACUAGAUAACGUAAAGGCAAUUUGCUGAAAAUUUCAGUCAGAUUGAUCCACUAUGAACCCAGAACUAAGUGAAUGAAAUUUCCGCCUAGCCUGUUCAUCAUUACUAAAGUCAGUACGAUAAACAGCAUAGUCUCAAUUAAAUGGGAUUAUCCAUUUAAUCGUUAAAUCGAGAAGGAAAGUUAUGCAGUAAAUCGGCUCACAAUCCACUUAAGAUCGCAGGCUAGCGAUGCCAUCUAGAGUUGAUUAUGGUCUGGAUAAGUUAAUUAAUGUCUAAUUAAUAAUUUAGAUAACAUUUCAGGCCUAAAGAAAGACCUGCAAUACACAGAUUUAGCUCUGGCAUAAUGUAUGUUUAAUUUGAUCAUGUUGUUAUUAAUUUAAUAAAGAUUUGAACACAUAAUGAACCUAUAUUAUAAACAAAAAACAUGGAAAACCUUUACAGAUAAAUGUCAUGUGGUAUGUUAAAGAUGGAUGCAUAUUAACAUUUGUGUAUGUAUUUUUCUAUGUAAAUAGUGCAAUAAAGUUGAUCAAUUUUA